GUAGGCUCUUAAACACGUGUUUGCACGUGGGAAAACUCCGCCUACAAAACAUUAUAACCACACCCACAUUGGAAAAUGUCUUUGAAAGCAGCAGCAUUUCUAUCUUUUGGAGGAGUUAGGCUGCUCUUGCAAAGAACAGUUCAAUUACCAUCACACAGUAGUUUAAUAUGUUCAAGAGCAGCCAGUUCAAAAGCAGCUGGUACAGGCAUUUCCAUUACUUCAAAGUACAAGUUUGGCUACAAUGAUAUACCUGAAAUGGAAAAUUCACCCGAGGCUGUCAAGAAAAGAUUUAGCAUCGAGUUUGCAAGCAAGAAACAGAGGAACAAGCUCCUUAAGAAUGAAAUGAUACAGAAGUAUCAGCAAAAUCCUGGAGACACUGGCUCUACUGCUGUACAAAUUGCCAUAAUGACUGCUAAGAUACAGAAUCUCACUGAACAUAUGAGAAAUAACAGAAAAGAUAAGAGUAGUCUCCGUAAGCUGCUUCACGGUAUUGAAAGGCGUAAGAAACUGUUUAAGUAUCUGAGAAGGACUGAUUUCACAAGGUAUCACGUCCUGUUGAAGGAAUUUGGUCUAAAGCCACUGGUUGAUGAUAAAUAUGCUACUCUUGAUAAAAAGAAUAAAAAAUAAUCAUAAUGCAGUAGCAAUUUAUUGUUAAUUGUUUAAAAAUUAUCAAUUUUUCCACAAAGUUAUAACACUGUA